AUGACCAUGGUGGAUGUAAUUCAAAACACACCUAAAGAAAAAAUUAUAGAAAUAUUUAAUGAAGAAGUGGAUGCAGUAAAAUCAUUUAAUUUUUGUUUGGAAAACUUCUUGUGUGUUCUUAACACACAUUUGGCAGAUGAAGAGAGUAACAGUGGCAGUGAUGUUGAUAUUGAAAUAUUACAAACUUAUCAUGAUGAUGAUGAUGGU